AUCUGCUGCCCUUGCUGCUUGCGCUAAUCUCCCCGCAUCAAAGAAAAAAUUGAUCUGACACUUGGCAGUUGAGCUUCUGAUCCAGUAAUCAGUACUGAUCAUCUCUCCGACUCACCAGUCACCACCACUUGUCCGGUCAACUCUCCAGUGACCUCGCCAUCUCCUCAGCCAUGGCUCGCCGUCGCCCACCACCGCAGCGCCACCACCACCUCGUCCUGCUCGCCCUCGCCGCCUUCUCCUGCCUCGCCUCCGGGACAGCGACGCCGACGCCGACGACUUCCUCCCAAUCCCAGCAGCCUCAGCCAGCCGGCACGCUCCUCCAGCCCGCUCUCGCCGCGGACCUCGCGGCGCGGACGUGCUGGUACACGGUGCAGAUCAAGACGAGCUGCGCGUCGCCGUGGCGCACGUCGGACGCGGUCAGCCUCGCGUUCGGGGACGCCUACCGCAACGAGGUCUACGCGGCGCGGCUGGCCGGCUCCUCCUCCUCGCCGCAGCCGUCGUCGUCGGCCGCGUUCGAGCGGUGCGCCACCGACACGUUCCGCGUGGGGGGCCCCUGCGGCUACGGCGUCUGCUACCUCUACCUCCGCCGCUCCGGCCGCGACGGCUGGACGCCGCAGUGGGUCAGGGUCUACGAGCCCACCUCCGACACCCCCUCCACCUUCUACUACGGCGACCCCCUCCCCAACGCCGUCUGGUACGGCUUCAACCGCUGCCCCCGCCUCGCCGCCUCCGCCGCGGCGCAGUGAUGGUUUGCGACGUCGCCGGCGAGAUGAGCAUGAUUCGACGACGAGCACGUAAUUUACGGUUGGGUUAAUGGUUGCGUGAUGUGUUACGAUGUAAUGUAUGAUUCGGGUUGUGUGUGUUGUAAAUUUGCAAUAAUCCAGAGAUUUAUCUUUUGAGUAAUUAAUAAGAACAGAUCAGAUUCUGAUUCUGAUCUGUAUGUUUGUUAAAAGAUACUACAUUUUUGGUUU